CAAUAUCCCCUUUUACACUUUUUUCCCCAUCUCUUCUCUCUCUUCUGCUUUUGCUUUUGCUAUCGUGAGCUUCGUUUUUCAUCAAUCUCAGCCCUCCAUCUGCCACAUAUUUUCGAUCAGGCGGUGCAUUUUAGCUCAGAAGCUGAUCGAGCAAAGAUAUUUGUUUUUGCGAAAAGAAGAAAGAAAAAAAAAAUUCAAAAAACAGAGGCAAAGCAAAAGCUUCGUAGAUAAAACCAUUUACGGUGGCUAGCAAAAAAUCUUCUUUUGCCUUCGCUCGCGGCUCGCCGUAAACGCCACAGGGCAGCCAUCCAGACGUGUGCUAAAGUGCGCCUUCUUCGGUGAAGCGAUUCUUUUUUUUUUUUUUUUUUUUUUUUAUUGAUUUCUGGUGGUCACGUUUGAUCUUCGCCUCCCGAUCUUCCUGAAGUAGUUUACCUUUGUGGAGAGUAUAGCUUGCUCAAGUUAGCGCGAUUAAUUAACUGGUUCCACAGUCUUAUGAGUUCUUAACUGGGUUUUCUUUUUGGUUUGAUUUUGAUGUGGUUGGUGUUUAAUGAGAUGGGUGAUCUUCUGAUACGUGAAUGAAGUCACUGAUCGAAACCCUAACCCUAAGUUGGAUUCUGGGGGAAGAUUGACAAAGCUGUGGAUGGAAUUUCUCUAGUUUUGGUUUAUCGGUUAUGGAUUGCAAGGAGCUCAAUUUGAAUGAAGAUUGUGGUGGCUGUGGUAGCGGGGGAAAGAAUGGGGGAGAUGGGUUUAUAGACAGGAGCAAAGUGAGGAUUUUGCUGUGCGAUAAUGAUUCAAAAAGUUCAGAAGAGGUUUUCAAGCUUCUUCUGAAAUGUUCCUACCAGGUCAUUUCAGUGAGUUCAGCUAGGCAGGUCAUUGAUGCCUUGAAUGCAGAGGGACCUGAAAUUGAUAUUAUACUCUCGGAAGUUGACCUGCCAAUGGCCAAAGGUAUGAAAAUGUUGAAGUAUAUCACCCGGGAUAAAGAGCUCCGACGCAUUCCUGUUAUCAUGAUGUCAACACAAGAUGAGGUCCCUAUUGUCGUUAAGUGCUUGAGGCUUGGAGCAGCUGACUAUCUUGUAAAGCCUUUACGGACAAAUGAGCUAUUAAACUUGUGGACGCACAUGUGGAGGAGAAGACGCAUGCUUGGACUGGCAGAAAAAAACAUUUUGAAUUAUGAAUUUGAUAUGGUGGCAUCAGACCCAAGUGAUGCUAAUACGAAUAGUACCACUUUGUUUUCGGAUGACACUGAUGACAAGUCUCGUAGGAGCACAAAUCCAGAUGUGGGAAUUGCUGCGGCCCAUCAGGAAGAUGAGUCUGGUAUUGCCGCCGCACUUGUAGAGCCUCCUGCUGUUCAUACAAUGAAACAUCAGCCAGAUGUACCUGGAAUUAGUGAGCGCCGAACAGGGCAACCUUCAUCAUGCCCUAGAAAGAGUGAACUAAAGAUUGGGGAAUCCUCCGCAUUCUUUACCUAUGUCAAAUCAAGAAAUGUGAAAAAUAAGGCAGUAGAUGUUGAAGAUAAUGCUAAACGACUUUUGCUGGAUGAAAAUCAUCAAGAAACAAGUCAGCGUGCAGCUCGUCUUCCCCCAAUACAAGAAAGUGGGGAGACCUUGGAAAGCCAUUCCCAAGGAGACGAAUUCCCUAGCAGUAGUUUUCCUGAUUCUUUUUCUGUGGAGAGAUCUUGUACACCACCUGCUAGCACAGAAGUUCAAAGGGAAAGAAACAUCAAUGAAGAAAAUUGCUCUCAAGUCCUUGUUCAUCCUCGAAAUGGAUCUCAACUUGAUAUUUCAGGCCUACCUGUGCAAACACAAACUGCUUAUCCUUUUUAUAUGCCAGAGGGUAUGAUGUCGGCGCAACUGUACCAAAAGAACCUGCAUGAUAUGCAAAAUCAUGCGGCAAUGAUGUCGCAGUAUGGUCAUUUUCAUCAUUGCCCUCCCAAUGUAAGUGGGGUGGCAUCUUAUCCUUAUUACCCUAUGAAUAUAUGUUUACAACCUGGUCAAAUGCCAGCUACUACUACUAAUACUCAUUCAUGGCCAUCUCUUGGGAAUUCGUCUUCCAAUGAAGCAAAAUCAAACAAAUUUGAUAGAAGAGAGGCAGCACUGAUUAAGUUUAGGCAGAAAAGGAAGGAACGCUGUUUUGAUAAGAAGAUUAGGUAUGUUAAUAGGAAACGACUUGCAGAGAGGAGGCCUCGUGUUCGGGGUCAAUUUGUGAGAAAGGUAAAUGGUGUCAAUGUAGAUCUUAACGGACAGCCUGCAUCUGCUGAUGACGUUGAGGACGAAGAUGAGGAGGAGGAACUAUUAUCAAGGGAUUCCUCUCACGAGGAUGAUGGUUCAGGAUAUUAGAAAAGAUAUGCUGGGCAAGUGACCAAGGAAAUUCAUUUUGGAAUGGUUUAGUGGCAUGAAUUAUCCCUGGAAUACUUGAAAUUUAUGCUGUUAAAGCUUUAUGAUCAUUACUCGUUCCUGUAUGGAUCCGGAUGGAAUAUUUAUGAAGAAUGCAUAACCAUUUUUAUCCAGGGGAGCGAACGAGCAUAUUCACUGCAUGCAAUCUCAAUGUUGGCAGAUCAAAUUCUGCUGUUACAUGCCCAUUGGCCUGCACCAGGUCCUCGUAGCCUCCCGGUUAUUGGUGGCUUGGAAACCGCUUCUCUUGAGAGUAAUUUUAUCCGGUCUUGCUGCUCAUGGUGUGCUCAAGCAGGGGUCUUGAGGGCCAAAAUACACAUACUUCAAUAUCAUUUCCCUGGUGAAACUUAAAUGGGUCGAAUCAAUCGUCGAAAAUACAUUGACCAAUAUCGGACAAUUGCAGAGGAGAAUAGCUUGUUGGAAUGUCAUUCAAAUGAAGCCAAGAUCUUACCCUACCCCCAAGCCCAACUUAUGUAGUUUGUGAAAGAUCUGAAUCAAAAGAUCGACCAAUUUUAAUCAAAACUGGACAAGCCAUUUUCAGUGUAUUGUCUGAUAAGUUGAUGAAAGUUGUGUUAAUAUAAAAUUAUAUGUCAAGUAGGAACUUGAUUCUCUA